GUUCCUUAUAAAGCUCUGCAGCAAGGCAAGGCUCCGCGUUUUCCACCUCACUACAAACGACAUGGUGCUCCUCGUCACAUCCGACAACGAACAAUUCCAUGCCGACAAGGAGGUUGUCGAGCGCAGCGUUCUCAUCAAGAACAUGCUCGAGGACGUCGGCGAAACCGAUCAACCUAUUCCUUUGCCUAACGUCUCAUCUAGCGUGCUAAAGAAGGUCCUUGAGUACUGCGAGCACCAUCGCGGCGAGCCUCUGCCAAGCGCAGAUGCAGACCAAAACCAGGACGAAACCCGCAAGCGGACUACUGACAUUUCGGAGUGGGAUCAGCGGUUCAUCACCGUGGACCAGGAGAUGUUGUUUGAGAUCAUCCUGGCUGCCAAUUACCUCGAUAUUAAGCCUCUUCUCGAUGUCGGGUGUAAGACCGUGGCAAACAUGAUCAAGGGUAAAACCCCUGAGGAGAUUCGAAAACUGUUCAACAUCGUCAAUGAUUUCACGCCAGAAGAGGAGGCACAAAUCAAGAAGGAGAACGAAUGGGCCGAGGAUCGAUGAGUGUAAUCUGGGCGGUUAACAUUCGUUAGGCUACUAGACCGUUACUACUGUUCUCCGAUGUUGUAUUGAUUCCAUUCGCCCCAAACACCCUCCAAUAUUAUUCGUGUAGUUGCUGUCAAUAUGAUUACAUAAGCUUCCCCACACGUUCUCAGUGAAGUUGGACCCGGCCAUCGUGUCAA